UUGUGUAUUUUUUUAAAUAUUACCUAUACCUAUAUAAUGUGUCGUAAUAAGAAUCGGUUCUUAGAUCCAUUUAGAAGUGCUUGGUCUGCAAAAGGUCUCCUAAUACAAUGUUGCUCACCUCCUCCCCGUUUCUUGAUGGCUUAAUAUAUUUAAGCAUUUUAUGCAUUGCUGCUUAUUGUUACGCUACAAGAGACUUCAACUAUUGGAAAAGAAGAAAUGUUCAAUUUUUAAAACCCGUCCCUUUCUUCGGCAAUCUUUACGAUGUAAUGAUGUUUAAAACUACUACCCAAGAAUGUAUAAAGAAGAUAUGGGAUGGAAUCAAUGCUCCCUAUUUCGGGAUGUUCAUUUUUGAUGAACCAGUUUUAGUUCUAAAAUCUCCCAAACUAAUCAAAGACGUGUUGAUUAAAGAUGCUUCAACAUUUUGCAACAGAAGAGUUGCUACACCUUCACAUCCCAAUAUGGCUCAUGGAAUGUUUUUCUUAAAAUAUAAUGAAUGGAGAAAAGUAAGAAAAAUGCUUAGUCCAGUGUUUACCUCGGGCAUGUUAAGGUAUUUGCAGCCACAUACAAUCGAAAUAAACCAAACGAUGUUAGACUUCGUACACAAGAAUUGUGGUAUUUUUGAUGUUACAAACAUUGGAGAAGAUUUCGCAAUAGAGUUCCUAGUUAGAUGUUUUUAUGAAGCCAAUCCUCGUUGUUUUAAUGAAAAACCAUCAGUAUUUAAGAAAUGUAUACAUACGAUGUUUGCUUUUAACUUUAGGAAUGGAGUUGUCCAGAAUUUAUUCUUUCUGAAACCAGCAUUGGCAGAUGCUUUAAAAUUAAACUUUGUGGCAAAAAAUUGCAUGAAAUUUUUUGAAGAUGUUUUCAAACGCAUAAUGACAGCUAGAGAAAGUUAUGAUGGUAAGCCGAGAAGCAUGGUAGAUGUAGCAAACAAAGCUAUUAGAGAAAAGAAAAGAGGAGAAAAGGAUGCUUUAGGAUUUGAAACGAUUAUGUCCAAUGUCCUGUUAUUCUUAAUAGCUGGACGCGACUCCACUACUACAAUAAUAAGCUUCACUUUAUACGAAAUUGCUAAAAAUCAAGAAAUUCAAGACAAAUUAAGAAAAGAAGUCAAAUUAAAUGUUGAAAAACAUGGAUCGAUUUGUUUCGAGGGGGUCCAGGAGAACAAAUACUUAGAAAUGUGCAUUAAUGAAACUUUACGAAAAUACCCAACUUUACCAUUUUUGGAUCGAACACCUAUCGAUGAUUACCAGUUUAAGGACACAGACUUGAAAGUGGAAAAAAACACAUCAAUACUAAUUCCAUUGUUUGCCCUUAACAGAGAUGAGCACAUUUAUCCUAAUGCUACAUUAUAUAAUCCUGAUAGGUUUCUAAGUGAUCAGAUUAACUCAGAUGGUUUGAAUUUUAUACCAUUUGGAGAAGGCCCAAGAAUUUGUAUUGGCAAACGAAUAGGACUACUGGCAGUGUCCAUGGCUUUAUCAACCUUAGUUCUAAAUUUUUCAUUCCAAACAUGCAAGGACACUCCUAAAGAAAUCGAGUUUGAGACAAAAAGUUUUGCGCUGACCUCAAAACAUGGACUGUUCUUAGAUAUCUCACCCAUACAGGAGUAGGAAUAUUUGGUUAAACCAAAUUAUGUUGUAGGAAUGGAAUUAUGUAGAUAGGCAAAGCAACAUAAUUAUUUUAGGUUUUUUUUUUAGUUUUUAGGAUUCAUGACAUUUUCAUAUAUUAUACAUAUACUGAGAUAAAGAGAUAAAUAAAUCGAUUUUUAUACUAAA